AUGGCUCUUUUCAGGAUUACGUCUUCUAAAUUGGUUGAAGUGCAGAAAAUAUGCCCAUCGGCGACAAUUCUGUUGAGAAACUUGAGUGCGGAACAAACCAACCUCAAGAGCAUUCUCCAGGAGAAGAUUCCGAAAGAGCAGGAGAAGAUCCGCGAGUUCCGUAAGAAGCAUGGCUCCACCAAAGUCGGAGAGGUCACCGUCGACAUGAUGUACGGUGGUAUGCGAGGCAUCAAGGGUUUGGUAUGGGAAACAUCCGUGCUUGACCCCGAUGAAGGAAUUAGGUUCCGCGGGCUUUCCAUUCCAGAAUGCCAGCAGCAGCUGCCCAAGGCUAAAGGAGGAGAAGAACCUCUCCCUGAGGGUCUCUUCUGGCUUCUUGUCACUGGAGAUAUACCCACCGAGGCUCAAACUAAGGCCCUGUCCAAGGAGUGGGCCCAGAGGGCUGAGCUACCAGCUCAUGUGGUGACCAUGCUGAACAACAUGCCCAGCAAGUUGCACCCUAUGACGCAGUUCUCCGCUGCUGUUACUGCUUUAAACAGCGAGUCCAAGUUCGCUAAAGCUUAUUCCGAGGGUGUACAUAAGUCUAAAUACUGGGAGUACGUGUACGAAGACUCGAUGAACUUGAUCGCUAAGCUGCCCGUGAUCGCCGCCACCAUAUAUCGCAACACCUACCGGGAUGGCAAGGGCAUCGGUGCUAUCGACGACAACAAGGACUGGUCUGCCAAUUACUGCACAAUGCUCGGCUUCGACGACCCGCAAUUCACCGAGCUCAUGAGACUGUACCUCACCAUUCACAGUGACCAUGAGGGCGGCAACGUAUCAGCACACACCACACACUUGGUCGGAUCAGCCCUGAGUGACCCUUACCUCUCAUUCGCAGCUGGGCUCAAUGGUCUUGCUGGACCACUGCACGGCCUCGCUAACCAGGAGGUGCUUAUCUGGCUGGAGAAACUCCGCAAGCAAGUCGGUGACAACUUCACUGAAGACCAGCUUAAAGAAUUCAUCUGGAAGACACUCAAAUCAGGACAAGUUGUGCCUGGUUACGGACAUGCUGUGCUCAGGAAAACUGACCCUAGAUAUACAUGCCAGCGUGAAUUUGCUCUGAAGCACCUGCCCAACGACCCGCUCUUUAAGCUGGUUGCAGCUGUUUACAAAGUGGUGCCUCCGAUCCUCACUGAGCUCGGCAAGGUUAAGAACCCAUGGCCCAACGUGGACUCCCACUCUGGAGUGCUCUUACAGUAUUACGGUCUGAAGGAAAUGAACUACUACACGGUGAUGUUCGGCGUGUCUCGCGCUCUUGGUGUCCUCGCUCAACUGAUCUGGUCUCGAGGACUCGGAUUCCCCAUCGAGCGACCCAAGUCACUCAGUACCGAACUUCUCAUGAAACAGCUCGGUAACUAA